AUGCCGACAGAGCUGGAUGCAUGCUUCGCGAAGCAUGUGGACGAGUCCAUGGCGAGGCAUCUUCAAAGAUUGCUUCCGGAGCAUCUGGAGCGGCUUUUGCCCAAAUAUUUGCGACAGGACGGCAAGGCUCACGAAGAUCACGUCCCUGUCCAGGCCAGCACAGCCUCAGCAAGUGGCGAUGCGGAGGAUUGGAAGGGGCUUGCCGCCCCUCACGAUGCAAAUCCAGAGGAGGAUGAUGAUGUCAUCGUGGAAGUCGACGAUCACGAGGAGUUCCUGAAGAGUAUCACUGGAUUUGCUGGAUCUGCUGAGAGCCAUGUGAAGAUGGAGCCCACUGGGCCUGUGGAGGUCAUUGAUUUGUGCGAGUCCCUGCCAAGAGAUGAGUCUGAAAAUGGAGAUGCUCCAUCGGAUACACAGGAACUCUUGCAGAACCCUGAGAAGCUGGCAGAAUUAUAUGCGCGCUACCACAUGUCAUCGCAUAGCACGAAAGCCCCAUCGUAUGAUCAGAUGCUAGAUGCCGAGGUGGCCCGGUCGAUGAGCACUGAUGAACUCUACAACGAGCUCCUGUCCCGUUUGCAACAAAUUCCAGACCAAGUCUGGAGCAAGAAGAACCGGCGCCUGAAUGUCUUGCCACCAGGGGAGACCCGUUCAAAGCAACUCAUCUUGGGUCUGGUAACGCCCCAGAACUUCAGGAGCCUGCCCACCAUAUCUAUGGAGACUUGGAACCUAUCACAAUUGACGAAAUUGAUCCUGGUGUACAUCCACCGCUUGGCAGAGGAGGCUGGCGUAGCGAAGCCGUUGGGCACCACUCUGCAGCUGACGAAGAACUUGGAGUGUGUACCUCACACUGACCAGAACAAUGGUGGCAAGAGCAAUGGGACCACGCUGGGAGACCACAAAGGUGGACAGCUCUUUGUUGAAGAUCCGCAGGGGGACGAGGUCAUGAGGCUCCCCGACAAUAUCAGGGGCGCUGGGAAAGCGGGCGACGUGAUCGUGGGCCGUCGACAUCAGCCUCGACGACAGCUGGUGGAGUUCGAUGGCAACAUGAUCCAUUUCACUUGCCCAUUCGAUGGAGAGCGCUUUGCAAUAAUCUUGUUCUGCUUGAAACCCUCUUCCCUGGAAAAAACGGCAGACUUGAACAAGGCGUAUCUCUCAGCGCUGGGCUUCAACACGGCCUUCCCAGCGGUCGGCUUCGCAUACCAGGACCUGGCACGACAGGCCGCGUUCAGAGAGAAAAUCAGCUGGAUGCCAAGCAGAGUUCCGCCAAGCUGCGUGAGGGGCAAGAAAAGGAAACAAGAAGAAGAGGGGAGUUGA